GGUUUUCUCUUACAAAUUAUUUUAUAAAUAUUAUUUUUUUCUUCCUUCUGUAUAAGGAACAGGAAUUCUGUCUAAUAAUCUAAUUACUAGGUCGUAAAAUGUCAGCUGUUGCUUAUAAACUGUAUAUAUACAUUUGUUUAAUAAGUUCUGUUUCUGUUAUCACAAUAGACCUGGUUUUGCUUGAAAAGUAUAAACAUUUCACACUUUUUUCACAGCACAAUGUAGCAACAAAUUACAACCCACACAAUGUAAACGUUUUUUAUCCUUUUGUUUGCUUUAGAUUGGAAAUUUAAAUUAUUCCGAAAACCUUAAAGACCAAAAAGUGGAAACAAGUUGCAAAGCACUUGAUGAGCAUAUAUCCUUUGCCCUUUUUU